AUGGGUAUUAACCUCCUCCGCUCUGACCUCGAUGACUUGGGGGACCAGCCCUGCGACACCUUUGAGAUACCAGGCAGGCUGGAAUGGGUGGAAAUCAUCGAGCCUCGAACGCGGGAGCGCAUGUACGCCAACCUCAUCACGGGGGAGUGCGUGUGGGACCCUCCCGCCGGGGUGCGGAUCAAGCGCACCAAUGAGAACCAGUGGUGGGAGCUCUUCGACCCCAACACCUCCCGCUUCUACUACUACAAUGCCACCACCCAGAGGACGGUGUGGCACCGGCCCCAGAACUGCGACAUCAUCCCCUUGGCCAAGCUGCAGACCCUGAAGCAGAACACGGAGUCGCCGAGGGCUUCCACCGAAAACAGCCCCGGGAGGAGCAGCAAUGUCAGCAGAGAGGGCAGCACCAGUUCCUCCCUGGAGCAGGAGCUGGAAGGCAACGAGAAGGUGCAGGAGCAGAGGUCCAGCCGCCAGUCCACCCAGUACGCCGUCGUGAAAGAGGAAACGGAAAGGACGUCGUCCCUGCGAUGGAACGCCGGCACCAAGGAACGGAUGCUCAUCAAGGUGACGGACCGCGAGCCCAGCUUCCUCAUGCACCAAGGCAACGGCUACGCCCCCGAAAACCAACCGGGCACCCGUUCCCGGCGACCCUCGGGGGGCCAACAGUCGCCCAACCUCCAAACCUUCGCCCCCGACGCCGACAACUCGGUUUUCUUCCCCGAGAGGAAGCAGUCGCCCUUCUUGAAGAGGGCCGAGCACGUGGGCAGCUGCUCGCCCCUCCUGGGCCGGGGGGACUCCUUCUGCUCCCCUCUCCAAGCCCAACACCGCAAGCACUCCAGCGAGUCCCAACCUUCUUCCCCUCGCUACGCCUACGAGCCCCCCCUCUACGAGGAACCCCCCAUGGAGUACCAGGCUCCCAUCUACGACGAACCCCCCGUGGACAUGCAGUACGAAGCCAGCGGGAGCUACAAAGCCGGGUCUCCCCAGAAAUCGCCCAUCCGAAAACCUCACCCCUUCCUCCAGUCGCCCAAGCAAGGCUCCAACUCGCCCUACCAACAGUUGGUCCUCACCAAGCAGAAGUGUCCCGACCGGUUCAUGAGCCUGGAGUACAGCCCCGCUGGCAAGGAGUACGUCAGGCAACUGGUCUACGUCGAGCAGUCGGGCUCCAGCCCCAAGAUGAAGACGGGGUUGAGGCACAAAUAUUCCCCCAACCCCAUUGGUGGCUCCUACUCGCUCCAGCACAGCCCUUGCCUGGUCCGUGACCAACGCCUGGAGAUCAAAUCGGGUGACUACAGCAGCAUGGAAGGACCUGACUUCUGCCCUGGCCCCACGGGUGGCCAGGUGGCCCAGGGUGAGGACUCCAUGUCAUGGUCCAGCCAACAGGACACCUUGUCCUCCACCGGCUACUCGCCCUCCACCAGGAAGAGGAAAAGCCGAAAGCCUUCCCUGUCCCACGACCCCAACGCUUCCUCCACCGACGGCUCAGGGGACCGGGAGGUGUUGGGUGAGCAGAUGUUGGGGGAGGAACGAGCCACCCCGGCACCCAACAGGUCACCGAUGAACCGUACGGAGAGCAAGGCAGCAGAGGCCGAGGCGGGCCGGGGCUUCCCCGAACCCUUCUUGGCCCAGGCCCGCCUGGCUUGGGAAGCCCAGCAAGCCCACUACCACAUGAAGCAACGGAGCAGCUGGGAUUCCCAAAAGGACGGUUCGGGCUACGAGAGCGAUGGUGCCCUCCCGUUGCCCAUGCCGGGGCCGGUGGUGCGAGCCUUCAGCGAGGACGAGGCCUUGGCACAGCAGGAGAACAAGCACUGGAAGAGGAACACCUUCGAGAAGCUGGGCUUCCCUCAAAUCCUGCUGGAGAAGAGCGUCUCCGUGCAGACCAACCUGGCCUCUCCCGAGCCCUACCUGCAUCCAUCUCAGUCGGAGGAUCUCGGUGCCUGCGCCCAGUUUGAGAACAGCAGACAGACCAGGAACAUGAUGCCUAGCGCCAGCUGUGUCUUCCCCACCUUCAACCUGCGGAAGCCCUCCUCGGAGACGGACAUUGAGAACUGGGCCUCCAAGCACUUCAACAAGCACACCCAAGGGCUCUUCCGCAGGAAGGUGUCCAUCGCCAACAUGCUGGCCUGGAGCAGCGAGUCCAUCAAGAAACCCAUGAUCAUGACCAACGACCGCAACGUCAAGAAAGAGGCCUGCGAGAUAUUUAAACUCAUUCAGAUGUACAUGGGGGACCGGCGGGCCAAGACGGACCAGCUCAACGUGGCCUUGGAGAUCGCCACCAAAGGCUGGAGCAUGCAGGGUCUGAGAGACGAGCUCUACAUCCAGCUGUGCCGACAGACCACCGAGAACUUCCGUUACGAGAGCCUGGCCCGGGGCUGGGAGCUCAUGGCCAUUUGUUUGGCCUUUUUCCCACCCACUCCCAAAUUUCAUUCCUACCUAGAAGGAUACAUUUACAGGCACAUGGAUCCAGUGAAUGACACUAAAGUGACCCAGCACAUUAAAGCCAUCCUGGACAGGAGCAAUAAGAAGAAACCCAAAUUGAGAAAGAAACCCAAGCCCUAUAUCGAGGAGCACGAUGGGGUGGCAAUUAGCACUUACGCCAAGUACUGCUACAACAAGCUGCAGAAGGCAGCUCUGACGGGAGCCAAGAAGGGCUUGAAGAAGCCAAACAUCGAGGAGAUCCGCCACGCCAAGAACGCCGUCUUCAACCCUUCCAUGUUCGGCAGCUCCUUGCAGGACAUCAUCAACAUGCAGAAGGAGCGAUACCCCGACCGGCAGCUGCCCUGGGUGCAGACCCGCCUCUCCGAGGAGGUCCUGGCCCUCAAUGGGGACCAAACCGAGGGCAUCUUCAGAGUCCCCGGUGACAUCGACGAGGUCAACGCUCUCAAGCUUCAGGUGGACCAGUGGAAGAUCCCCACCGGCUUGGAGGACCCCCACGUUCCCGCCUCCUUGCUGAAGCUCUGGUACCGGGAGCUGGAGGAACCACUGAUCCCUCACGAGUUCUACGAGCAGUGCAUCACCCACUACGAGAACCCCGAGGCGGCCAUCGCUGUGGUCCACUCUUUGCCCAGGAUCAACAAAAUGGUGCUGUGCUACCUCAUCCGCUUCCUCCAGGUCUUCGUGCAGCCGGCCAACGUGGCCGUCACCAAGAUGGACGUCAAUAACCUGGCCAUGGUGAUGGCCCCCAACUGCCUGCGCUGCCAGUCGGACGACCCGCGGAUCAUCUUCGAGAACACCCGCAAGGAGAUGUCCUUCAUCCGGGUGCUCAUCCAGCACCUCGACACCAGCUUCAUGGAGGGCGUCCUAUAGCAGCCGCCAACGAGUGUCCCCCUCCCCAACA